AUGGGUGCGGAACACUCUUCUGAGAUGCGCCCCAGAUCGCAUACUACCUUAUCGGGAGUCCCGGAGAGUAGGAGACCACGUCUGAGCUGCCCUGACUACAUGACUCAAUAUGAUGUCAAACAGUUGAUGAAACAGCAGGAUUUUGAUCGUCAUAACAAGGACUUAUCUUCUCAUGAUGACCAAACGGAAGAAGGCAAAUCUGCUGAUCCAUUGCAAUCCCUCCAUCAUCAAUUUUCAAAAAACCGUCCCGUGGAAGCGAAACUUUCGGUCCGAUCUAACGUCUCGGACAUCUCUGUCGACUCUGGUCUCGAAGCUGAUCAUCUGGAUGUUGCAGUGAAUGGGGAAGAUUCUCCUAUACACUCAACGAAUCAUUCAUCAACAUCAAUGGAUCGUAAUCAGAUACCAAAGAUUCUGAUCGAGAAUUCGACGCCCUUGACAACACCAACAACAACACCGACAGCCUAUACACAGGAGUUGCCAUUUCAAAGCAUUCAUCCAGAAUUUCAUCAAAAGAAGAAAAUAAGCAAUUUCUUCUUCUCAAAAAAACAUCGAAAACACAACGUUGAGGAACGUGCCCGUUCGAAAUCUCUCGGAUCUUACACACUUAGCAGCGAAAAACCAGGCCCUUUGUUUGGUUCUUCAUUGCUUAAUCGAGAAUGGGAGUUGGUUACUGUAUCAGAAUUAUGUCGAAGACUAUCUCUGGAUGGCAAAGAUUUAGAAUUGCCAAUUCCGGAAGGAUCGGAUAAAUCUCAAAUUCUGGACGAGCUCAUGAUUAGACAGAUUGUGGAAACACUUCCUCCUCGAGCAAUGGGAUAUCCUUGGGUGAACAUUUACAGCUCUGAAAAACAUGGCUUCUCAUUGGCUACUCUCUACAGAAAAAUGGUUGAAUUCGAUGAGGACCUUUCACCUGUUCUUCUUAUCAUUCGAGACACUGACGAUCACAUCUUCGGAGCCAUUGUGUCUGGCGCUAUUCGUCCUUCUGAUCAUUUCGUUGGUACUGGAGACUCUUGUCAACUAUGGCGGUUCACCGGCCAAGCUCCUAACACCAGAGAUUUACGGCCAUAUCAAUGGACUGGUGAGAACCAGUUCUUUGUGAAUGCCAACAAAGAUUACCUGGCUAUCGGAGCAGGCAGUGGACAUUAUGGUCUUUGGCUUGAUGCUGAUUUGAAUCAUGGACGUUCUCAACGAUGUGAUACUUUCGACAAUGAGCUUCUCGCAGGAGACAAAGAAGAUUUUAUCGUCCAAUAUGUUGAAGCCUUCGGUUUCAGGAUGUAA